GAACGAAGCAGAGCCGUUAUCUAUCGUCAGAAAAUCAAUCUUCUCUCGAAUCCUUGCAUCCAUCGCUUUCUCUCCGUUCUCCAUCUCCAAUCUUCUAGAUAUUUUCUUCCAAUCUCCAUUUUCUUUCAACAAUUCUCAACCAUGGUGUACGAUUCCAUCGCUAACGCUUCCAUCCCCACUGCCGCAUCCAACUCCAAGGACUUUGGGAAGAAAAAGAGGGUGAAUAGGACUGCAAAAUUGAAGCAGUGCAAGCUUGAUGUUCGUCGAGAACAGUGGCUUUCUCAAGUGAAGAACAGGGGAUUCAAGGAAGAAACACAUGGUACUGGUGGUAUGAAAGCUCCUGCUCCCGAGACGCAUGCAGCAAACGAGAGAGAGCCUCCGGUGGUGAAUUUGGAAGUUAAUCUUGGUGGAGAAGAGACCGAAGGUUUGAUGAAUCAUGACAGUGAUUCUGAAUCCCCCUCCAACAGUCCUACCAGUCAUUCGAGUAGCGUCUCGGGGAGUAACAGGUCAGUUACUAAUUUUACUGGUAGUAGUAGCCGGAGCAGCAGUGGUAGUAGCAGUAGCAGUGGAGGUUGUUGUUCAGGAAGCAUGACAGAUGAAGAUGAUGAUGAAUGUUUGGAUGACUGGGAGGCUGUAGCUGAUGCUUUGGCCGCCGACGACAUUCAGAAGAAUCAUAAUGACCCUAAUCUGGUGUCCCCUGUGGAUGAACAGUUGGAUUUCCAUACCAUACCGGAGCCAGAGCCUGUGUUGACAACUCCGGCUGGUCAAGAGGAUUGCCGGCCACCAACUAGUUUCCGGGCCUGGAGACCAGAUGAUGCUUCCCGCCCUCAGAAUCUGCCAAAUUUGCUAAAACAAAACAGUUUCCCCAUGAAAUCAGGGAAGCACUAUGGUCUCCAUAGUGGUGGAUUUGCUCCUUCAUCGUGUCCUAUCUGCUGUGAAGAUCUGGACAUGACGGAUUCAAGUUUUCUUCCUUGUCCAUGUGGGUAUAGGCUCUGCCUUUUCUGCCAUAAAAGGAUUCUUGAAGAUAAUGGCCGUUGUCCAGGCUGCAGGAAGCUGUAUGCCCAGCCUGACAAUGGGAAUGCAUCUUCUAAGAUGGCUCGUUCUUGCAGCAUGAACCCCAGGCAUUAGAAAUCUCUGGAUCAUUUGGUGGGCCUCCUUUUUCAUUCACUGUCUUGCUUGUUCAGUUACUCUUAGACACCGGCACUAGUGCUAGGUUUGUCAAUAUAGACAGUAUCUCUUUAGUGUUAUGCCGGUUCUCUUUAUGAGUUUGAUCUAUAUUCUAUAGCAAUAUGCUUUUAUAGAGGACUAGUUGGUAUGUGAAUACAUAAGGUGGUGGUAUAGAAAUUGAAUACAUAUUUUCGAUUGCAAUUCUA